GCAUACAUAGAGACGAUGCAAGUGGAUGACACCGUUGCCAGUCUGACGUUGCUGACAAGUUUGGUUGUGAUUCACCUGGUCUCGUCGUUUGCCGAACCGGUUCGCUUGAAUAACCCCGGAUCGAUGCAGUAUCGACAAUCCUAUUGGCCAAAUCUGGAGCGUCAGUCGAAACCAGGCCCGACGUCCCAUGCUCGACUGAGACCCACCAAUCUUAGUGAUCGAGAGGACCGAGCACAACUUCAUGUUCAUGAACAUCACCGGAUUCACUGGGCUGAAAAACGGCUGGUGAAAGAUUUGCUGUGUGAUUACGAGAAGAAUUCCCGUCCAGUUGUCGACGGACUGACUCCGGUGGUGUGGAUAACGCCCACCAUUCAUACCCAACAAAUCACUGUGGAAUUCGGUUUGGAAUUGUUGCAAAUUUUGGAUUUGGACGAAAUGGAUCAAGUUGUUACCGUCAGCGUUCGAACACUCCAUAAAUGGAAAGAUUACAACCUCAUUUGGGACCCGGCGGACUACGAUGGGAUCAGUUCAGUCACUGUACCGAGCAGCUACUUAUGGUUACCGGACAUUGCACUUUACAAUUAUGCGGAUGAACGUCUGAGUGAACGUCGCCCAUGUGAAGUACGGGUCUACUCCGAUGGCACCGUGUUCUGGGGCCCCAUGGCUAUAUUCAAAAGUAUGUGUUCUGUGGAAAUUCGGAAUUUCCCGUUCGAUCGACAGCUGUGUCAUUUGAAAUUUGGGCCGUGGGCACACGAUGGCUUUCGUCUCAACGUCACGUUCUACGCCGGUGAACAGAAUCUGCGUAUGACCAGCUACGUCACCAACCAGGAAUGGUCCGUCACACGAACCAGAGCAGUCUUUACCGAAAUCUCUUAUCCAUGCUGUCCGGAAAAGUAUCCCGACAUCUCUUUCUACAUCGAAAUGCGCAGACAGUCGGCGUUCUACACUUACAUUCUGAUCCUGCCAAGCGUGUUGCUCUCAGUACUGACCGCCGUGGUGUUUUGGCUCCCGCCUGAAACCCCGUCGAAAAUUAUUUUGGGUACUUUCUUGAGGAUUCUGUCCUCCAUGUCUCCUUCGGUAUGCCAAAAAGUGAUUUGGCAGAAGGAAAUGAAAGAGAUAACGAAGUGUUUGGGUGUUGGUAGUGCGGUACGCCUUCCGGGAUGGGAUCUUCGUAGACCGACGUACACCAUGAAUGUGUUCGUCGCGUUUUUGCUUCUUCACCUUCUACUCGAAGACACCACUCCAGCUUCUGCGAGUAGUUUUCCUCUCCUGGGUGCCUAUUACUGCUUCAACAUGGGCGUGAUCACAAUGUCCAUGUAUCUUUGCUGCAUCACGGUGAAUUUGCACUUCCGCGGGAACGAUGACAGCGAACCACCACAGUGGCUAAAACGUAUGCUGAAAAUUCUUCGACAGCCCACGACCGGUUUUGCCCUUCUUGGGGCUCAUCAGGCGAAGUCCCCUUAUGUUCUGCUUGAAACCAAGUUGCACGAAAUUAGCGAAAUACACUCAUACAUUUCAUGUUUCAGUUGGUACGAUAUUCGAGCUAUCAGGAUACACACAUGCAGACUUCUGGGUCCCAAGCUCAUGGUAAAUGUGACUUCACUCGCUGUCAGCCAGACCAGAGUAAAGGAGAACGACAACGCUUGGAAUAAAAUUGACGACGUUACAACCAACACCCUGUUGCAGUGUGCUUCAACAUCACCCCCUUAUUCGAGUCCCUUACUCGGGUUUUAUCGACCGGAUCUCAGAGCACAGACCUUGUCAAACCGACCUGAAGGACGUAAUUUCACUAAUUUUCUUCCCGCAGACGCUUACAAAACAACAAAUAUCCCACCCAUCUAUCCUCCAGUCUCAAGUAGGUUGACACCUCGUGAAAAUCAAUGCGUACUCUGUACACAGGAUAUCGGGUUCACGAUGGAUUUAGAACCAUAUCUGCCUUGUUUUUGUCAGCCAAUCGCACCUUGUGAACAGACGCUCCCAGGGUUAUUUUCGGCCCACCAAUCAAUGCCUGCUCUCAGCCCGACAGGUCCAUGGCCUGCUGACUUGAACAACCGACUGUGCCUAAACGAUGACCUAGAAGAAUUGUCUUUUCUUCGAGCGUUUAAAGAUCUUCUCGUGGUAAUGGACAGAAUGCACCAAGACGUCCGAUACAUCACCAAAGCUGUCCGCCAGUUGGAACACAGACAGAGCAUCAAAACGUUGCGACUGGAACACCUAGAUCACUGGCGAACGAUUUGUCUGGUCUUGGACCGGAUUUUCUUCAUCCUGUACACGAUAACCAUACUCCUGUCGUAUUUCCUUUUCCACCCGUCCCUUCAUACAAAUUUACUGACCGGAAGAUCCGUGGUUCGAACCCGAACUCUGCAUCCCCUGUCAGGGUUUAGCCAAUCUGGUAGUAUCCCAGCUCUCGCGCUUCCUUCAGGUGGCAUGGCCGUUAAGCACCGAAAGGGUAGUGCAGCAGAACGAUGA